CUAAUUUUAUUUGUAACGUAAGAUAACCUAAUUUUGAAGUUGGUAGGUAAUAUAAGUUCCAUAUUUUUAAACCAAUUAUUUUAAAAAUGGAUUCUGGAGACAUGGUCCUAGAUGAGGAUGAACUGUUAAGAAGACAUAAACAAGAAAAAAAAGAUUUGCAGUCCAAGGUGCAAGGGCUGAAAAAGAGCAUACCAAAAGGAGAUAAAAAGAAAAAGAAAGACAUUACCGAAGAAAUUGCAAAACUCGAAAGUGAACUGGAAGAAAAACAUAGAAACGAACUUCGCUUAUUAAAAGACAGUGCUCCUAACAGUAACCAAAGUGUCGAUCCUGUGCCCGACAAUGACAAUGAGAAAAGCGUGCCAGACAUCGAAGGGCCAACCAUUCGUGUGUCCAGGGCCCAAAAACGGAGGAACAAAAAAGAAAACGAAGCCAAAGAGCGCGAAAAGAGAAUACAAGAGCAAGCUGAAAAAAAUAAGGAAGGUCCCCGAGUACUAGAAUUAAACACCAUAAAACAGUCCCUUCGGUCAAUGAACUUGAAAGUUUACAACAUACCUGCAGAUGGUAACUGUUUAUACUUAGCUAUAAAUCAUCAGCUGCAAGUAACGGGAAGGCCGAGUCACUCUGUAAACGAGUUGCGGAAAACAACAGCCGACUUCAUGCUGAAACAUACAGAUGAAUUUCUUCCAUUCAUGGUAAACGAAUUAGACGAGUCUGAGAUUGUUAGUGAAGAACAAUUUGAGAAUUAUUGUAAGGACGUAGCCACGACGAAAUUGUGGGGUGGUCAGCUGGAACUGCGAGCCCUUUCCAACAUUCUAAAAUGUCCGAUAAAAAUCAUACAAGCCAGCGGUCCACCUACUCUUCAAGGCGAAACCUUCAAGGGACCCGAGUUGAUUCUUACGUACCAUAGACAUCUGUACCGGCUAGGAGAACAUUACAAUUCGACACUGCCCGUGACCGGGGACGACGAGGAUGUAUGAAAUUCGCUCUCUCUAGGUUUAAUUAGGAAAAUUAAUAGGAACAAGUGACAAUUCUUCUGCUGUUAUUAACACAAGAAAUAUUAUUGGACUGUCUGUAUGGUUUUGUAUAAUUAAAUUAUAACGUGGAUGUUGUAAUAUUUAGGGGUUACGCGGAACGACUUCAUCUAAUUGCAUGUUAACUCGGUGGUACUUUAGGCUGAAAAAUUACUUUGAGUAAAUUGCCUAUAUAUAUACUUUACAUAUAAAAAAUUAUGUAAUUUUGAAUUUAUCAAAUAGUCAAUAAUAAAAAUGCCGUGGAUUUAAUGGA